GUUCAGAAAAAUGACUCUUGUCGUGUUUGCUGGCUGUGUGACAUGUCUGCUCCUGGGAACAGUGGCUAAUUCUUGGGCUCAGGAAUCGUCUGCUUCUUUACAUUUUGAAUCAGUUUUUGUUGGACAAGAAGUGACUUUAAAAUGUUUUCUUGAAGGCACUGGGGCAAAUGUCUUUUUCUGGUAUAAACAACCUCUGGGACAGAAACCACAACUCAUGUCUGAAUUUUUCAAUCAUAAGGAAAUUGGAACUUUUGCAGAUGAUUUCAAGAAGGAUCCACGGUUUGAACUGCAGACAAAUGAAGACAAAAACAACUUGAAGAUCUCAAAUGUGAAAAUGUCAGAUUCUGCUACGUACUACUGCAUCAGUUCUUACACGUAUACACUCACAUUUUUGGAGGCCUAUAGUCUCCAUGUGAGGGACACGUCGUCUGACAUCCAGACUUCAGUGGAUCAGUCGUCCUCUGAGAACAUCCAUGCAGGAGACUCUGUGACUCUGAACUGUACAGUACACACUGGGAGCUGUGAUGAAGAACACAGAGUUUACUGGUUCAAAGACUCUGAAGACUCUCAUCCAGGACUCAUUUACACUCAUGGAGGCAGGAAUGAUCAGUGUGAGAGAAAGAACAACACACAAACACACAGCUGUUUCUACAAGCUGUCCAUAAAGAACCUGACAGAGUCUCAUGCUGGGAUCUACUACUGUGCUGUUGUCUCAUGUGGACACAUACUGUUUGGAAACGGGACCAAGCUGGACCUCACAGCUCCUCUGAACUCUGUGAUUCUGAACACUUUGGUUGGAUUAUUGACGGUCAUGAGCGUCCUCGUUGUUUUUCUGCUUUUUCUGCUGUGGAAAAUCCACAAGAGCAACAACUGCACCUCCACAGAGGAAAGAUCACCUGCUGCCCCCUUAAGAAGCUCAGAGGCUGAGAACAAAGACACAGAAAGCCUCCAUUAUGCUGCUGUUAAUGUUAAGAAGUCCAACAGAUCAAGGAGACAGAAGAACGAAGCCAAAACCGACUAUCUGUAUGCGAGUGUGAGACAGCAGAACUAAACCUUUAGGUCACUGAAGAGACUUUAAUGAUUUUUUUUCUAAAUUAAAUUUAAAAAAGGUAAAAACUGUUUUUUCCAUGUAGUUUUUGGUGAAGAGAGUAACACUGGUUUUUUUUUUAGGAAAUUUUGUUUGGUAUGUCCAAUAUAUUUUUAUUCCUAGUGUUUUAUGUAUAUUGAGUUAUAGCCCUUUUGCUCAUUACUUACGAAAGAUCAAACAUCUUUUUUUUUAUUUGAUAGAGAUCUUUUUUAGGAAAUUUUUUAGGAUCCACUGUUGUUUAUCCUUCAGACAUUUGGAAAUUACUCUCAAGUUUUACACACCAACAUAAGUUUCAUUUUCUGUGUUUUGUAACCUUUAGGCUCAAAAACUAAAGAUUGUUUUAGAAACAAAUCAAACACAGAUUAAUGUUUUUUUUAAUUUAACGAAUGAUAUAAUAAUGCCCUUUCCAUAUUUAACCCCUCUUUUAUCAUUUAGUAGAAGGGUAGGCUCCAGCAACACCAUGAUCCUGUACUGAAAUUAGCAGGUAUCCAAAAUGUUGGUUGAAUAACUGUGAAAAGCUGCUGACAAUAUCAUGUUAGCCAAGAUUUAGUUAUUCUAAACAGCUGUUUGUAAUGCUGUAAUUUUGCAUUGUGUGUUUCUGUGGCUGGGGCAAGGGAAGUCUGAGAAGUCUGGGCAUCUCUUGUUAGACUGCUGCCCCAGCGGCCCAGUCCCAGAUAAGCGGAGGAAGAUGGAUGGAUGGUGUUUCUGUGAAAUGAAAACUGUAUUUAUUUUGACAACAGGAAACAAAUAGAACAGAUAUUUAAGGGAUUUUGUGUUUGUUCCUUUACUUCCUAUUUUUCAUCUGCUGGUGUUACUGGCCUGCAUGUUUACCUUUCUGCACAUCUUCCUGUUUCUUUUGGUGGAAAUGUGGGGUAAAGAAAACAACCAUCAAUGGCUGUGUUAUUUUAAAGAUUCAUACAAAAUGCUAUUAGAUCAAGAGUAAAUACACAGCUCAAAGGUUUGCUGAAUCUGAGGAAUGAAAAAGGCACAGCAUUUUGGUAAGAAAAAACAAUACAGCUCAUGCAAACAGAAUACGGGAUGAAGUCACUACUACCCUGCCCUUGUGUGGAGGGUAAACAUAAAAUUUCACACUACAUUAUCACAUUUCUGAUGAAAUGACAAUGAACACUGAAAAUCCAGUCAAAUGUUUAAGAGGAUUAACAUUAAUGUUGUCACAGUCAUAACAUAUGUUGCCUUCCUACUCCUGAAGAGAUUUCAAAUGUAAACAUCAUUAAACUUUGUAAGAGUUACACUUCAAAGAUUGUAGUUUCUUCUUUGGGGAGCACAUUAGUGGUGUCGCCUGGCCU